UUUGUUGGCAGCAUUGCACCACGGACCGUUUUUGUUUUGGCGGUUUUCUCAACCAGGUUAUCCAGUCAAAAUGUCCCUCUAAAAUAAAAGAAACAACAAUAAAAUGUACGUGGAGGACCUGAAAAACGAAUUCUACGAGUUUCUAGCCGGAAAGCGAAUUUUUUUAAUGAUCCACUACGACAUCGACAGCAUCUGUACCUGCAAGAUCCUCCAGUCCCUGCUCAAAUAUAAGCACGUACGCUACACGCUCGCGGUCAUCCGGGGCAUCGAAGAUCUGAAAACCGCCUACAGGGAGAACUGCAAUGAUGUCAAGUAUUUUGUACUGGUUAACUGUGGGGGCACCAUCGAUAUUGUCGAGACUCUGGAGGCGGAGGAGGACGUGACGUUUUUUAUAAUAGACUCACACAGACCCACCGACCUGUGCAACAUCUACAGCAAUGGGCAGGUUAAACUAUUGUCCAGUCCCGAGGAUGAUGGUGUUGUGCCAGACUUCCAUGACAUCUUCAGGGAGGAAUCGGACGAAGAAGACGAUGAGGAGAACGACGAAGGAGUGGCUGAAGACAAUGAAGAUGUGGUUGAUAGCGACGAUGAACGUGAAACACCCGCUGCCAAAAGGCGGAGGCUGAAUGAAGAGGCAAUCAUGAAACGACGAGAGAGAAGACUGUGGGAAGACAACCGUAAUAAACUUAUGUUUGAUUACUCCCAAUUCACAUACCAUGCAAAAGCUAGUGCAAUUUACAUGUUCUCGCUGGCGUGGAAGCUAAACAAGGACGACAAAGAUCUGGUGUGGCUUGCCAUAGUUGCCCUUACAGAACAGUUUUUGUUGGGCAAAAUCCACAACACCGAAUACACCCUAGAGAUGCAAAACUUGCGAGCUCACGUCACCAGGCUACAGAACAAAACCUCAGACACGGACGUUCUUACCUCGUUGAAAAUUGGCUGUGAAAGUGACUUAAGACUCACCCUCUACCGCCACUGGUCUGUGGAGGAAAGCCUGAAAUACUCCAUGUUUUCGGCUGUUAAAAUGAAACUGUGGUCUCUGAAAGGUGAUAAGAAGCUGCAGGAGUUGCUGGCGGACAUGGGUUUCCCCUUGGUUCAAAGCAAACAACUGUUCAAGUCGAUGGAUUUGCAGCUAAGAAAGGAGUUCCACACUUCCCUAGAGAAACUGGCAGACAAAUACAACUUGCGGGACAUCGUCUACACCUCUUUUACCAUCCAAUUCGGUUACCGGAAUAAAUACUGCGCCUCGGACAUUGUUUACGCACUUUUGGCCAUUUUAGAAGCCUCUGCAAGAGAUAAGUCCCCAGAGGAAUGCUUCAACUUGGCCCUGGACUGCCUGUCGAGGACGAAAAAGGAGGUGACCGAAAACGCGAUAGAAAAGGCUAAAAUCAUCACUAAAACCGUGUUUAAAACCGUCCAAAGUGCCCUGGACAUGAAGCAAAUAAUCACGGCCGGACCGUUUGUCUACUACAUAAUCCAAGAAGGUUGUCUAGAGUGGUACAUGUUCUCGCACCUGCACGUGCUGUCGCUGCUGGCCCAGUUCAUACUAAGAGCCUACGUGUCCAUGUCUAGGAACAGGAAGGCCCCAACGUUGCCCCUGAUAGUAUCCGCCCCUAAGAAUCCCGAGAACGGGACCUGCAUAAUACUCGGGAUUCCCCCAUUGUGUGAGGACUCCCCCAAAAGUUUCUUCGGAAAGGCCUUCGAACAAGCGGCGGAGAGAAUUCGAUGCGAUGCGGCGAGUGAUUACUUCGAUACAUCAUAUUUUGAAAUACACAUAAAAGACAGGACGAGGUUUUUCGACGCUUUAACUGCCCUUUUAACUUAAGUUUUAUAUAUUUUUUUGUGGUUGUGAAUGAACAAUGACACGAGUACAAACACCUCAGACAUAUUAAUUGUACAUACUUCGAUUUUAAGACCAGUAUUAUUUAUUGAUUGUACAUAUAGAAUUUUAAUUAUAAUUCAUUGUAAUAUUUUAAUAUCGAAUUAAUAAUUUUUUAUAUA